AAUAUAUCAACGCACAGAUACACCGUAGCAGAUUCUCUCUUCACAAUCCCCUUCCCUCCCGAAUCCUUGAAUCGGAACCCUAAUAACCCUAAAACACCAAAAUCAAAACCCCCAACCAUGGUGUGCAUACGAAAAGCAACGGUCAACGACCUCCUCGCGAUGCAAGCUUGCAAUCUCUUCUGUCUCCCGGAGAAUUACCAGAUGAAGUAUUACCUCUACCACAUCCUCUCUUGGCCGCAGCUUCUUUACGUCGCCGAGGAUUACAACGGCCGUAUCGUCGGUUACGUCCUCGCGAAGAUGGAAGAGGAGACUAAUGAGUGUCAUGGACAUAUUACUUCUCUUGCUGUUUUGAGAACGCAUCGGAAACUUGGAAUUGCUACUAAGCUUAUGACCGCGGCGCAACACGCCAUGGAACAGGUGUUUGGUGCUGAAUACGUCUCGCUGCACGUCAGGAAGAGCAACCGCGCAGCUUUUAACUUGUACACGGAGACCUUAGGGUACAAGAUUCAUGAUGUGGAGGCCAAGUAUUAUGCUGACGGGGAGGAUGCUUAUGACAUGAGGAAGCAACUCAAGGGGAAGCAGUUGCCUCAGCACCAGCAUCAGCAUCAGCAUCAUCACCAUCACCACCACCAUGGCGGUGGUUGUUGUUCUGGAGAGACCAAGGGGAAUGCAAAAGCCACCUGAUUUGUGAGUGUUGUUCUGGAGAGACCAAGGGGAAUGCAAAAGCCACCUGAUUUGUGAGAGCAAUUUUCGCCCGUUUUGGUUGUGAAGUUUGACAUUGACAAGAUGGUAAUAUGUGGACGAAUAAUGCUUUGUCACUUGUUGUAAGCUUAUUUAGUUAUGUUCACUAUUUUUGUCUAUUUAAAUAUCCGAUUUUACUAUUUUAGUGAAUGAAUGCACUGGAUUAUGGUUCAUGACAUGAUGUUUGAUUGAGCAGGGUUGCAUCCAGACCUAUCUGCUUUUAUGUCAUGUUUUAUUUGGAUAUAUUAUGAUGAAAUUUUGAAGUUUAUAA